CGAAAAGUUUCAAAAAGUGUCGAUAUAUCGAUAUGUUUUCACAAACCUAGACUGCUGGUCUGAAGUCAGAAGUCAGGCUCAGACCGUCAGAUUCCGAAUUCCGAUUUGUACUUACUUGUUUUCAUAUUUUUUUAAUAAAUAAUGAUUAAUACGAGAUUAUUGUCAUUAAAUGAAUUUAAUCAAUAAUUUAUUUAUUUUUGAAACUGGUGAUUGUGGUCCUUCAUAAUAGCUUAGUAUAAAUAUGAAAUAAAAAGUCCGGUGCAAUCAAGAAACUUCGUCUCAUUAUUUAACUUAAAUUCUGUCAAAACUCCAAACAUUUCCAUGUGAUGGGAGAUAGGGACUGGAGACCGUUUAUUUACGGCGGCCUCGCGUCGAUCGUCGCCGAAUUUGGCACAUUCCCAAUCGAUACCACAAAGACGCGUCUUCAGAUCCAGGGUCAGAAGAUAGACCCACGUCAUGUGCAGUUGCGGUACACUGGAAUGGUGGACUGCUUUGUGAAGACCUCACAGCAGGAAGGCAUCAAAGCUCUGUAUUGUGGGAUCUGGCCCGCAGUGCUCCGGCAGGCAACGUACGGGACAAUAAAGUUUGGCACAUACUACUCACUGAAGAAGGCGUUAGCAGCUAGAAGGGCCGAUGGGGGUUCCAAGGAGCACCUGCCGACGAACACGUUUUGUGCGGCCUUCGCUGGCGGGCUGUCCAGCGCCAUCGCUAACCCCACUGACGUGCUCAAAGUGCGCAUGCAGAUGGGCGACGAGAAGCGCAACCUGGUGCGCUGCUUCGCCGACAUGUACCGCCUGGAGGGGCUGCGCGGGCUGUGGCGCGGCGUGGGCGCCACGUCGCAGCGCGCCGCGCUCAUCGCGGCCGUGGAGCUGCCCGCGUACGACGCGUGCAAGCGCCGGCUCACGGCGCCGCUGGGCGACGCGCCGCUCAACCACCUGCUGUCCAGCCUGCUGGCCAGCCUGGGCAGCGCCGUCGCCAGCACGCCGCUCGACGUCAUACGGACACGACUUAUGAACCAAAGAAAAAUGAAAGAUCACAUAGCCAAGGCGAGCGAGAAGGUGUACGUUGGAACCGUUGACUGCUUGGUGCAGACGGUGCGCAGCGAGGGCGUGCUGGCGCUGUACAAGGGCUUCGUGCCCACGUGGCUGCGCAUGGGCCCCUGGAACAUCAUCUUCUUCAUCACCUACGAGCAGCUCAAGCGCGUGUACUAGCGCGCGCGGGCGGAGUCGCGGCACAGAGCUGUGCGCAGCGGACACUGUAAAUGAG